CGGUGCCGGCGAGGCCACGCCUCUUCCGUCGUUCGGCUCUGCGACCGCGUGCGGACUGCUAACGCUUCCCGGGCCGGGUUUGUCUGAACUCUUAAUUUUGGCGUCCGGACUGGCGAGAUGGCGGCGGAGGUGUUAACGAGUGCGAGGUGGCUGUACUGUGGGGAGCCCGACGAGAGCCAGAGAGCAGUACUGGUCCAGUUCUCCAAUGGGAAGCUGCAGAAUCCAGGCAACAUGCGUUUUACUUUGUACAAGAGCAAAGACUCCACAAACCCCAGGAAGAAGAGUCAGCGGAUCCUGGCAGCUGAAACAGACAGACUUUCCUAUGUGGGAAACAAUUUUGGGACUGGAGCUCUCAAAUGCAACACUCUGUGCAGGCACUUUGUGGGAAUUCUGAACAAGACCUCUGGCCAGAUGGAGGUGUAUGAUGCUGAAUUGUUCAACAUGCAGCCACUGUUCUCAGAUGAAUCAAUUGAGAGUGAAUCGACACAAGAGAGUCAGACCAAAACUUUUAGAGAAAAGAUGGAUUCUUGCAUCGAAGCCUUUGGAACCACCAAACAGAAGCGGGCUUUGAACUCCAGAAGAAUGAACAGCGUUGGCAGUGAAUCUCUGAAUUGUGCAGUAGCUAAAGCCGCAGAGAACAUCAUCGAUGCAAAGGGUGUGACUGCUCUGGUCAGUGACGCCAUCCGUGAUGACCUGCACGAUGACUCCCUCUGCCUUCCUCCCUGCCACGCUGACGCCACCAAGCCUGAAGACGUGUAUAAAUUUGAAGACCUUCUCUCCACCACGGAAUAUGAAGCUCUUCGGAGCCCAUCUGAAGCUUUCAGGAAUGUCUCAUCAGAGGAAAUCCUGAAGAUGAUCGAAGAGAACAGGUACCCCCCCCCCGCCCCUUGGGUAGAUGGAGUGUCUGGGGCAGUGAUGUCAGAACAUGACAACACUGCUGAGGAGAGCACUUGCUGCCCUUUGCAGGGGCCUGGGGUCAAGUCCAUUAAGGAAACCCUAUAUAUUACAUGCUCUGUCCCCCUUGGAGAUGCUCACAGUUUAAUGCUGUCUCUCCUUCACUGCCACUGCUUUUGUAGCCUACGGAACUUAAUUUCGGAUUCUAUGAAGGCGAAGAUCACUGCAUACGUAAUCAUACUUGCUUUGCACAUAAGUGACUUCCAGAUUGACCUGACGGUGUUGCAGAGAGACUUGAAGCUCAGUGAGAGAAGGAUGAUUGAGAUAGCGAAAGCCAUGAGGCUGAAGAUCUCUAAAAGAAGGGUGUCUCUAGCAGCCGGCAGGGAGGAGGGUCACAAACUGGGCACUCUGUCCAUCCCGCUGCCUCCGGCCCCGACCUUGGAACGCCAGUCGAAGCGGAGGAGAAUCACCUAGAGGCGUGCUUUCCAGAUAGAGCAUUUUGGCCACACACAGCCACUACUUCUGUUCAUUUCCAUUUUUAUUUUUGAAGUGAGAGGGAAAAAGAAGCCUUGCCUUGGCGUGGGUAUGAAGCCAGAAGGCAGCAUCUCAAGUUGUGCUUGUCCUCAGCGGAAACAUAAAGCAGUGGCCGUGUUGGACUUGA